CCACAAUCCGCAUUCAUGAUCUGUCUUUUCAGUUUUCAUCCUUUUGCCUUUUGCCUUUUGCAAUCACUAAUUAGUAAUUUAGUAAUUAAAAGUUGUAGUAAAUCCGGGUACUUGAUAUUUUUUAAGCAGUACAACUGUACAAGUCUGAUCAAUAAACCAUUCAAUUCAACUGUGCCAACAGAAACAAUUUACAAUAAGCUCACCCUUCUCACUAAUUUCUUUGAAACGAUGCCGCCACCACGAUUAGUUAUGAACUUGUGCCUUCGUAUGCAAGUUGGACCGGUGCGUCAUUUCCACCGAGUUUCUCUUUCCAAACGGCUAAUUUUACUCGGCCCCAAAAAGUUCACGACUCCAGAUCUUAAACACUUAACGGCCACGAAUUUCACAUUCAUUCGACAUAGUAGUGGCGAUGGACGUGAACAGCCAGAAAUGCUUACUUCGGACAACCGCGUUCUCGUGGAUCUGACCGAAGAUGUCAUACCCGAAGCACCAGAGGUACCCAUUGAAGCAGUAGCCGAACAAGUUGAAAUAACUUUGAAUGCAUUAGGUGAACAAACAUUACAAAGUGCAGGACUUGGUUCCUUCACUCCUGUAGGAUUAUUACAAAAUGCUUUAGAAUUUAUGCAUGUCUCUUGUGGUUUACCCUGGUGGGGUGCCAUUAUAGCAGGUACCACCAUAUUACGUUUAUUAGUUUUUCCUUUAGUUGUUACGUCUCAACGCCAUACAGCAAAAAUGAAUAAUAAUAUGCCUCAGAUUCAAGCAUACCAAGAAAAAAUGACAGAAGCUCGAUUACAUGGAAAUCCCUAUGAAAUGGCAAGAGCUUCACAAGAACUUAUGUUAUUUAUGAAAUCUAACCAAGUAAAUCCAUUGAAGGGUAUGAUAUUACCAGCUGUCCAAUUUCCUAUAUUUUUAAGCAUGUUUUUGGGAUUAAGAGGUAUGGCAAUGUUACCAUUAGAAAGUUUUAAAUAUGGUGGUCUUUGGUGGUUCUCAGAUAUUACAUUGCCCGAUCAAUAUUUCAUAUUACCUAUUGUUACUGUUGUCACUCUUGGUGUGACAUUAGAGCUUGGAGCAGAUAUCGGUAAACUUGCUUCCUCGGGUGUAGGAUUUGGAAAAUAUCUUAAAUAUGGAGUCCGUGUAUUACCUCUCGUAGUAUUUCCUUUUAUUGUGAAUUUCCCAUGUGCAGUAUGUUUGUACUGGGCAUCUACUAACUUUAUUUCACUAGGUCAAGUUUUAUUUUUGAAAAUUCCAAGUGUAAGAAAUUAUUUUAAUAUCGAAGAAAAGAGAAAUGUAGAAAAACCUAAGUCAAAAAAGAAGGGAGUUAUUGGAGAGUUUAAAGAAUCAUGGAAAAAUAUGCAAGUUGUAAAAGAAAUUGAAGAAAGAGAACGUUUAGAUCAUAUGAAAUUCACACAAGCUGGUCGAGCAGCGCCGGUUAAGACCUUUAAAUAUAAUCCAAAAGUUGUUGGAGGUCUCAAAAAAGAAAACUAAUACCAAUUGUUGUAGUAUAGUUAAUGUUUAUUUUUAUAUAUAAUAUAUUAAAAUGUAAUAAUGACUAAAUGUAUAUAUACAUACAUGUUUCAUCUUUUAGAACAAAGAUACAUUUUAUCACA